ACAAAAUUAUCGAUUUCACCGCCGUCACGCUCGAUUACAGAAGGGGUGACAUUUUCUAAAAUUUGUAUAAAUGGAUCUUUACGACGAUAUUGACGCGAAGCCACGAGCCAGCCAUAUUGAUGGCUGGUCGUCCGGCAUAAAAAUGUUGCAAACCCAGUUGGCGGUUAAGAAGGCCGUCAAAAAACCUCUCAUGACGCCGGUAGUCAACCUAAGAUCCAAGCGCCCUUCGGAGACAGAGGUGCCAUCUUGUGAUUCAAUGGCUGCGGUGAUGGCCAAGCCCAUAAUUACGGGAAAGGCCCUACCGCCCAUGCCAGAAAGCGUUCUUAAGGACGACUGGGACUUUUCGGAUGAGUACGACCCGCAGUGGCCAAAUGAAUACGAAAAACUUAAAAAUAAGUCUAAAGGUGGAGAGAAGUCCCGAGCUAGCAUUGGUGGCCAUGGAUGUGCAAGCAGUCGAGAAGAUAGCGACAGAGACAAGGAGCGGAAACGCGGGCGCGUCGGCCGCCGUGAAAUCCAUAGAGAAGACGUCUCACCGCAAUAUAUAAAGUUUAGCGGCCAACGACAAAACGAUGAUAACAGUUACAGUUCACCACGCCCUCUCUCUGUUGCUAAACAGGGAGGGGGUGCCGCCAUCGCUCCUCCUCCAUCACUCCAAGAAAUAUCCAUUGAUGGUGGAGAUGGAUACUCCCACGUUACCAUACCGUAUUCUGCGAGCUCGGUGGCCGCAAAAAUUAUGGCAAAAUACGGAUUUAGGAAUGGUCAGGGCCUGGGAAAGUCUGAGCAAGGUAUGUCAAUAGCCCUGCAGGUGGAGAAGACCUCCAAGCGGGGCGGCCGCAUUAUACACGAAAAAGACGUUUUUCAGUCGAACUCAUCAAUGUCUCCACCUGCGAUUGGAUCUCCAACUAGACAAAGUCCCAGCCACAAGGCUGUAGUAAAUAACCUGAUGGCAGGAACAUUAACUGGCAGCAGCGCUAUCGAGCCCAGCAUCACAGAGAUUAUGAAAUCACCAAGCAAGGUUGUUCUCCUCCGCAAUAUGGUAGGACCUGGGGACGUAGACGAAGAGUUGGAACCCGAGGUAAAGGAUGAGUGCAACACAAAAUACGGGGAGGUCAGCAGCGUCAUUAUUCACGAAAUGUUUCGAACUGUGCCAGAAGAUGCCAUAAAGAUAUUCGUCGAAUUUAGGCGCAUCGAAAGCGCUAUUAAAGCUGUGGUGGACCUGAAUGGCCGUUUUUUUGGAGGACGUCAAGUACGAGCGGGGUUUUACAACUAUGAUAAGUUUAAAAGUUUUCAAUUAAAUUAAAUUAACAUUCGGUCUAGAUUCCAAACUGCGAUAUGCCUCGUACCAUAGUCCUUGAAGAUUUUACUUAAAAGUGGGAUCAACCAGUUUAAUAAAGCUGGGUUUUUCAAA